GCGCACUCGUGGGAGGAAGUGUUUGCGGCCGCAGCUCCUGCCUGUCUCUUGGUUACUUCAGUCCGGUAGCCGAGCCGUCGCCUCUUAGCUGGGUCGCCGUUAUGGGAGUCCCAGCAUUCUUUCGCUGGCUCAGCCGCAAGUACCCGUCUAUCAUUGUUAACUGCGUGGAAGAGAAGCCAAAAGAAUGCAAUGGUGUAAAGAUUCCUGUUGAUGCCAGUAAACCUAAUCCAAAUGAUGUGGAGUUUGAUAAUCUAUAUUUGGAUAUGAAUGGAAUCAUCCAUCCCUGUACUCAUCCUGAAGACAAACCAGCACCAAAAAAUGAAGAUGAAAUGAUGGUUGCAAUUUUUGAGUACAUUGACAGACUUUUCAAUAUUGUAAGACCAAGACGACUUCUCUACAUGGCAAUAGAUGGAGUGGCGCCACGUGCUAAAAUGAAUCAACAGCGUUCUAGGAGGUUCAGAGCAUCAAAAGAAGGAAUGGAAGCAGCAGUAGAGAAGCAGCGAGUCAGGGAAGAAAUACUGGCAAAAGGUGGCUUUCUUCCUCCUGAAGAGAUAAAAGAAAGAUUUGAUAGCAACUGUAUUACACCAGGAACUGAGUUCAUGGACAAUCUUGCUAAAUGUCUUCGCUAUUACAUAGCUGAUCGCUUAAAUAAUGACCCUGGGUGGAAAAAUUUGACAGUUAUUUUAUCUGAUGCCAGUGCUCCUGGUGAAGGAGAACAUAAAAUCAUGGAUUACAUUAGAAGACAAAGAGCCCAGCCUAACCAUGACCCAAACACACAUCAUUGCUUAUGUGGAGCAGAUGCUGAUCUCAUCAUGCUUGGCCUUGCUACACACGAACCCAACUUUACCAUUAUUAGAGAAGAAUUCAAACCAAACAAACCCAAACCAUGUGGUCUUUGUAAUCAGUUUGGACAUGAGGUCAAGGACUGUGAAGGUUUGCCAAGAGAAAAGAUGGGAAAGCACGAUGAACUUGCAGAUAGUCUUCCCUGCACAGAGGGAGAGUUUAUCUUCCUUCGUCUUAAUGUUCUUCGUGAGUAUUUGGAAAGAGAGCUCACCAUGGCCAGCCUACCAUUCACAUUUGAUGUUGAACGGAGCAUUGAUGACUGGGUCUUCAUGUGCUUCUUUGUAGGAAAUGACUUUCUUCCUCACCUACCGUCAUUAGAGAUUAGGGAAGGUGCGAUUGACCGUUUGGUUAACAUAUACAAAAAUGUGGUACACAAAACUGGGGACAGUUUUAGAAGACGACAGAAAGAAAAAAGAAAGAGAAUGAAGAGAGAUCAACCAGCUUUUACUCCUGGUGGAAUAUUAACCCCCCAUGCCUUGAGUUCAAGAAAUUCACCAGUUUCGCAAGUAGCCAGUAAUGUGAGACAAGCAGCCUAUGAAAUGAGGAUGCAGAAUAACUCUAGUCCUUCAGUAUCUCCUAAUACAAGUUUCACUUCUGAUGGUUCCCCGUCUCCGUUAGGAGGAAUUAAACGAAAAGCAGAUGACAGCGACAGUGAACCUGAGCCGGAGGAUAACGUCAGGCUAUGGGAAGCUGGUUGGAAGCAGCGGUACUACAAGAACAAAUUUGAUGUUGAUGCAGCUGAUGAAAAAUUUCGUCGUAAAGUUGUACAGUCUUAUGUUGAAGGGCUCUGCUGGGUUCUUCGAUAUUAUUACCAGGGCUGUGCUUCCUGGAAGUGGUAUUAUCCAUUCCAUUAUGCACCAUUUGCUUCAGACUUUGAAGGUAUUGCAGACAUGUCUUCUGAUUUUGAGAAGGGCACUAAACCAUUUAAACCAUUGGAACAACUUAUGGGAGUUUUUCCAGCUGCAAGUGGUAACUUUCUACCUCCAUCAUGGCGGAAGCUCAUGAGUGAUCCAGAUUCUAGUAUAAUUGACUUCUACCCUGAAGAUUUUGCUAUUGAUUUGAAUGGGAAGAAAUAUGCAUGGCAAGGUGUUGCUCUGUUGCCAUUUGUGGAUGAGCGAAGGCUACGAGCUGCCCUAGAAGAAGUAUACCCAGACCUAACUUCAGAAGAGACUAAAAGAAACAGUCUUGGAAGUGAUGUUUUAUUUGUUGGGAAAUAUCACCCACUCUAUGACUUCAUUGUAGAACUAUACCAGACAGGCUCCACAGAGCCAGUGGAUUUACCACCUGAACUAUGUCAUGGUAUUCAAGGAAAGUUUUCUUUGGAUGAAGAAGCCAUUCUUCCAGAUCAAAUAGUGUGUUCUCCUGUUCCCAUGUUACGGGAUCUGACACAGAACACUGCAGUCGGUAUUAACUUUAAAGACCCACAGUUUGCUGAAGAUUACAUUUUUAAAGCUGCAAUUCUUCCAGGAGCAAGAAAACCAGCACCAGUACUGAAACCUAGUGACUGGGAAAAAUCCAGCAAUGGACGGCAGUGGAAACCCCAGCUGGGCUUUAAUCGGGACCGGCGGCCUGUCCACCUGGAUCAGGCAGCAUUCAGGACUUUGGGCCAUGUUAUGCCAAGAGGCUCAGGAACUGGUGUUUAUAGCAAUACUGCGCCACCACCCAUGACUUACCAGGGUAACAUAUAUAGGCCGCUGUUGAGAGGACAAGCCCAGAUUCCAAAACUUAUGUCAAAUAUGAGGCCCCAGGAUUCCUGGCGAGGGCCUCCUCCCCUUUUCCAGCAACAAAGAUUCGACAGAAGUGUUGGUGCUGAACCCCUGCUGCCAUGGAACCGGAUGCUUCAAAACCAAAAUGCAGCCUUCCAGCCAAAUCAGUACCAGAUGCUAGCUGGGCCUGGCGGCUAUCCACCCAGACGUGAUGAUCGUGGAGGAAGACAGGGAUAUCCCAGAGAAGGAAGGAAAUACCCUCUGCCACCACCCUCAGGAAGAUACAGUUGGAAUUAGGCUUUUGUAAAGCUUUUACCAAAUUCUUUCAUCAUUCUACAGUUUUAUGCUAUUUGUGGAAAGAUUUCUUUCUCAAGUAGUAGUUUUUAAGAAAACUACAGUACUUUGUGUAUUUCUUUUAACUGUAUAUUUCUACUGAUCUGAUCUCACUGUUUUAUGUUGCUCUCCAAAGAUGUGUGUUGCAUAAUACAGUGGGUCUGAAUUUAUUAGUGCUUGUAAAACACUUUGAUAGAAUAGGAAUACUGGUUUUUCAUUAUGGUUAAAAAUCAAGCCAGCUGUGGAUUUAAAAACACAGUGUAUUCUAGAUCAUCUAUGAUCCAUGCUGAUUUUUAAUGCACAAGAAUUAGGUAUGAACUCUUGAGCUGGAACCCUCAGCCAACUAGAGUAUAUAUUGUUCAGUAUUUCUUUGGAAACAUUUCAUUACUUGUACUUGUCUUACAGAAAUUUCUGGACUUUAGUAAAAAAAAAAAAAAAAAAAACAACUUUGGUCUCUUGUGUUCUUAUUGUUUUAUAGUAUUUCAACUUUGAAAAUCUUGGCUAAGUAUGGAAGUUUUUUUAAAUAUUUUUCAGAAAACAUUUCAUUUCUACAAUUAGAUGUCAAAAGGAAAUCAGUGAAGAAGAGAUGUUAGGAUGAUAUGCUCAGCAAGACCACCCAACCAACCUAUACAUUAGUGUGUCUGUCAGCUACUGAUUUGACUAACUAUAAAAUCUUUAUGAGACUAAAUUGUUUACAUUUUACAAAUUUCAUGUAGACUCCUAUACCAGUUUUAAGGACUUUUUAAAACUUUUAAGAAAUGUUGAAAAGUGAAAUUCAUAGGUAAAUAGUCUAUGCUCCUUAGCGUGUGUGUGUGUGUGUGUUACUUCAUAAUAGAUUCCAAUCUGUACUCAUUUUUUUCCCCUUGCUACUAAGCACACUAUAAUUCCUUAAAUUUAUGGUUGGAGUUCACACACAGCACUUCCAUAUGUGUUUUCAUUUGAUCACCACAACAAAUUUAGAUAUAUUACAAAGACUUGCUGUCUUGUUUUUUCUUUCCAUUGUAGCCUAAGAUUGUUAAAAUAAGAUUUCUCUUUGACCUUCUGACAUAGUACAUUUUUGCUUUAAUAUUAGACUGCAUCACACCUGUUAAUUUUAUUCUCUGUGGGGGUGGGGGAGAAAUCUCACCUGAAUCUUAAGAGAAGUAUGCAUAUUUUAAACCUAUUGAGUUCAUUGUUGUUGAUGGGUAAAUAGAGCAGGGUCCUUUAUUGUUGAGACAGCCUCUCCAUUGGGAAUUAACACAACCAUUUUGUGUUACUUUCACAAUACAUUAAAAUGAUAAUG